UGUCUCUCUCCAGUCUAGCCUGACGCAGGCAGAUCGAAAUCACCCUUAACAACCCAGCCUCCGGUGGAGCGGUGCCGGAGGGGUUCCGUUUAAGAUUAUGUCUCUAAUCCUCCUUCCGUAGCUCAGCGCGGCUCGCUGCCAAAUCGCCCAGCCACACGGCGCAGGCUGGAGGCGUGUUUAAAGGGCGAGCGGAAUCUGCCGGCGGCAGGUCGAUCGGGAGCGAUCGGCAAAGUUGGCUGAAGUGGGAAGCUGCGGCUACUUCGGGGAAAGUUGCUGGGAGCGGGGGAGAGACAGGCUGCGGAGGAAGGCGCUCCGGGCCCGAGGAGGACUAUGGGCACAUUGCGGGAUUUACAAUACGCGCUGCAGGAGAAGAUCGAGGAGCUGAGGCAGCGGGAUGCUCUCAUAGACGAGCUAGAGCUGGAGUUGGAUCAGAAGGACGAACUGAUCCAGAAACUACAAAACGAGCUGGACAAGUACCGCUCGGUGAUCCGGCCCGCCACCCAGCAGGCGCAGCAGCAAACCUCCAGCACCCUGCAGGGGGAACACAGGACCAAGAGGCAGGCAAUUUCAGCCGAGCCCACCGCAUUUGACAUCCAGGAUCUCAGCCAUGUCACCCUUCCCUUCUACCCCAAGAGCCCACAGUCCAAGGAUCUAAUAAAGGAGGCAAUCCUUGACAAUGACUUCAUGAAGAAUCUAGAACUAUCUCAGAUCCAGGAGAUUGUGGAUUGUAUGUAUCCAGUGGAAUAUGGGAAAGACAGUUGCAUCAUCAAAGAAGGAGAUGUGGGUUCACUGGUGUAUGUCAUGGAAGAUGGAAAGGUUGAAGUGACAAAAGAAGGUGUGAAACUGUGUACCAUGGGACCUGGCAAAGUAUUUGGGGAGCUAGCCAUCCUUUACAAUUGUACCCGGACAGCAACCGUCAAAAGUAAGACAAUUUUAGAAUUUAAACACUUCAAAAUAUUCACGCAGCUAUUAAUGCUUGGCUUGAUUAUACUUAGAAAGUCAAGUGCUAGUAAGAAUGAUGUGUCUGAGGGGAAUGAUUCAGCUGAAACGAGUACCUUGGAGA